AUGGGAUUAUUGUCGUUGGGAACGCCUCUCGAUUGGUACGAAUCUAGAAAGCAUAAUGAACACGUGAGAGAUAAUGGAAUAUCCCAAUUGAUCAAUAUCUUUGCCCAGCAUCAGAACAGAGAUAAUGAUAAAUUCUAUUGGGGAGACGAAGUGGAAUACAUGCUAGUGGAACUUGACGAUAAUAAGAAAACCGUCAAGUUGAACAUCGACUACGAUCACAUCAUUGACGACUUGAAUAAUAGUGCAUUAGAAGUGGGUCAGAAAGCGGUGCAAAAUAAUGUUGCUUUCCACCCAGAAUACGGUAGAUACAUGGUAGAGGCAACUCCAUUGGCUCCUUUUGAUGGUAAUAUCCUAGGCCAUUACUUGGAGGUAGAGAGUAAUAUGCGGAUGAGACGAUUUUUAAGUCAGACUCAGUUGCCUGCUAAUAUCCGACUCUUGACAUUGACUUCGUUUCCAAGAAUGGGAUGCCCCGGAUUCACCAGUCCCCAGGCCAAGCCUAUUGGACCUGCGUCUCAGUCAUUGUUUCUUCCUGAUGAAAUAAUCAACCGGCAUGCUAGAUUUCCUACUUUAACUGCUAAUAUUAGAAAGAGGAGAGGUUGUAAAGUUGCAAUCAACUUACCAAUGUACCCUGACAAAAACACGAAAUUACUUGAUGACAGUAUUCCAGACAGGGAAUUAUUCGAUAGUGAUGCCGAGUAUAGGUGGGCAUCUAAGCCAGGUCAUGUUUACAUGGAUUCCAUGGGCUUUGGAAUGGGUCUGUCAUGUUUACAAAUGACAAUGCAAGCUAAGAACAUUGACGAAGCUCGGUAUUUGUACGAUGCCUUGGCUCCUGUCACCCCAUUAUUCUUGGCCUUAAGUGCAGCUGCACCUAUUUUUAAGGGCUUUUUGGUCAACCAGGACGUACGGUGGAAUGUCAUUAGUGGUGCUGUCGAUGAUCGUACUUUUGUGGAGAGAGACUUAGACCCUUUCCCAGGUUACGAUUAUUUUGGAGGACUAGAUAUCGAUAAAAGUGUCAAAAGUCACCUUCAAAAAAUGGGUGGGGGCCGUGGAAUAAAUGGUGACAGAGUGUUUAACGUUUACGGUGAUACUAAAUUGGCUACCAAUGAUGGUAAACUGGUCCAAAAGAUCCCCAAGAGCCGGUAUGCUUCAAUAGAUAAUUACUUGGUUAAUGAGUCUGAGAUUGACAAGAAUUUCAACGAUAUUUAUUCACCAAUUAACCAACCCGUGCUCCAAAAGUUGCUCAAGGCUGGUUUUGAUCCUAUUAUGGCCAAACAUUUUGCACAUUUAUUUAUUAGGGAUCCUUUAGUGUUGUUCAGUGAAAGAGUUGAUCAAGAUAACACUCUUGAAAAUGAUCAUUUUGAAAAUAUCCAGUCCACCAACUGGCAAACUUUGCGGUUUAAGCCUCCAUCAUUGUAUAGUACAGCUGACGUGGGAGAUUUGAAGAAUAAACCAGGAUGGAGAGUUGAGUUUAGACCAACAGAAAUUCAGUUGACCGACUUUGAAAAUGCUGCUUAUACUUCAUUCAUCAUCUUGCUUUCCAAAGCUAUUUUACGGUUCAGACCUGAUUUCUACAUUGGAAUUCUGAAGAUCGAUGAAAACAUGGACACUGCUCAUAAGGUUGAUGCCGUAACAGAUGACAAGUUUUGGUAUAAGAGCUUCAAUCACUGGAGAUUGGAUGCAAAUGAAUUCCACGGCUAUGAUUUGUCCUGGUUUGACCGGUUCAUCAAUGAAGGAAAUGACUUGGAAGCCUACAAACAAGGAUAUUACAAUGAACCAGUCCACAACGCAGAGUUGACUCCUGACUGCAUCAAGCACAUUCCAUGCGUCAACAAUGCUUGCAAGUAUACAAUGAAUGAACUUAUCAACGGUAAUGACUCACACCCUGGGUUGUUGCGGUUAAUUAUAAAGUUAAUUGCUAUUGAUUUGGUACCCAAUACCUUGAAGCAUUGUGACUCUAAGAUAUUGGCCUUGAAGCUUGAAAGAAUCAAACACUAUUUAAUGUUCGUGUCUAAAAGAGCAUCAGGAAAGGUUCCUACCAUUGCUCAUUUCUUAAGAUCCAAGGUGUUGAAUUCUCCCCAUUACCACAAGGAUUCUAAGGUACUGGAUGCUCUUAAUUAUGACCUCAUCAAGCUUUGUGAUGGGAUAACUAAACUCGACUUCGAGAAUUACCAUGACGAACUUUAUGAGUAUUUCGGAACAGCGGUAGCCUCGUACGUUGAAACUAAUAGAGAGGUUUCGUUUGAGACUGUCUAG